UGAUAAGUAGUCACUGAUCCUUUUAAUUGAAGCUAUCUCUCUUUGAACUGCACAUCUUACUAUCCAAGUCAAGAGAUUUACUACGGCGAAGCAAUUGAUCUGCCCGACUCGAAUUGGAUAUAAAGCAACCUGUAACCACGUCACUCCAAUAUCUAUAAACUUCAACCUCCAAACACCACCAACCGCAACCAUGUCUUCUUCAAGAGAUAUCAUCGUCUACCACUACUCCUACUCUCCCUACGCUCGUCGUAUAGUCUGGUACCUCAACCUCCGCAACAUCCCCUUCUCCGAAUGCGUCCAGCCACCCAUCAUGCCGCGCCCCGACGUCGAGGCCCUGGGCGUCGCCUACCGCCGCAUCCCCAUCGUCGCCAUCGGCCGGGACAUCUACAACGACACGCGCCUCAUCCUCUCCAAGCUCGACGAGCUAUUCCCCCCCUCCUCAGCACACCCAGCGCUCUCCCCCACCACCCCCGAGCACCGCGCCCUCGCUGCACUGUUCUCCACCUCCACCACGGACGGCGGUCUCUUUGGCCGUGCGGCGCUGCUGAUUCCUACUUCCCUCCCUCUAUUCAAGGACCCUAAAUUCACUGCCGACCGCGCCGCUAUGAGCGGCCGUCCCUGGUCCGCCGCUUUCCUCGAGCGCGCCCGUCCAGAAUCCCUAGUCGAAGUCCGCGCCGCCAUCGCCUUCCUAGAGAACGGACUCCUCGCCGACGGGCGGAAGUGGCUCCUCAACACCCCCCAGGUCUCGAGCGUUGAUCUCGAGGCCAUAUGGCCUCUCCACUGGGUGUUCGGUAUGCCCGGCGCCAUUCCCGCUGAGGUGGCGAGCAAGGAGACAUUUCCUAAAGUGUUUGCGUGGGUGGAGCGUUUCAAUGCCGCGGUGGGGGCUGCGCGGAAGGCGAAUGGGAAUGCGAAGGCACUUAAGGGUUUCGAGGCCGCGGAGAAGAUUUGGGGGAGUGAGUGGGCGGAGGGGCUGAGGGGAGUGGAUGAGAGGGAUCCGGUGGGGUUGAAGGCGGGGCAGGAGGUGCUGGUGCAUCCUACUGAUUCGGGGGUUACGCAUAAGGAUCAGGGGACGUUGGUGGGGUUGGAUGGGGAGGAGAUUGUGAUUGAGGUUAAGACGCAGAAGGGGACGGUAAGGGUGCAUGCGCCCAGGCAUGGGUUUAGGGUACUGGCGGCGCAGGAGGAGAAUAAGUUGUAGAAUGUGUGGGUUGGAUGUGUUUGGAAGUUUAUAGCCGGGUGUAGCAAGUACAGUAUCUCAUCUCAACAAGUAUAAAAUUGAGCUUGAAUGCCAUCAGGUUUAUGCAA